GCCCCUUAGGAUCCUCCACUGAGGAGAGCGAGUUGAACAAGAGUACUGUCCCAUUUGUUGGUAAACGACCAUGAGAAAGGCGCGUGUUAUGUGACCAGAGCAAAAUGUAGAGCUACGAGUAUAACAGCUUUUAUAUUUGGAAUACUCUGUAGUGUUUUUUAUUUCUCCUGAUAAAAAGGCAUGUUAGAUGUGAAAGCCAUUGAGUAUCACAGAAGCCUCCCCAACUGCAGGCUCACAUAAAGGCCUACCUACUCCACCAAAACUAUCUAACGAUGGUCCUUGAAAAAGAUGUCAACUCUAGUCAGAUCGAAUCGGGCCUUCCGCCAUCUGAUGACGUAGGGACAGUUAAUGAGGUCACUCCACUGUUAAGGAACACACUCGAUGAUGAUGAUGAUAAUAACCAGAAGGCCUUCCGUCACAGGAAGCGCGGCCUGUACUGGCGCUGUUUUGUGUUGUUCGCGGGGUUGUUUCUGUUGGUUGUGGCGUUUACCAUUCUGCAGCUUGGAGUCUUGAAUCAGUACGUGUACUAUGCCUUUCAGAAGAAAUAUUUCCCAAACAUAACAUUCAAUACCGGAGAACAACAGAAGUCACACUGUCAUACAAACACAACCGCAUCAUCAAAUACUGAUGACGAAAUACGAAACAAAGUUCAAGUCGCUGCUUCUAGCUUUAUGGUGUACACUUCACUAGCUUUGUACAUUCCUCCGAUCUUUGGAAACUUCUUUUUCAUGACUCUAAGUGACACUUAUGGAAGAAAACCGUUCAUCUUACUACCUGUUUUUGGAUCUUUACUAAGAAGUGCCUUAUUUGUAGUUGGCAUAUACUACGAAUUGGACAUAUACUGGUUUCUGGGUUUCCUGUUCAUAGAGGGCGUGACUGGAGGAAUUUUUUGCCAUGUGACGGCAGCUUUCUCUUACAUAGCCGAUAUUACUGAGAAGGGAGAUAAAAGAAUAUUUCUCAUGGUGAUCGCGGAGGUGAUGGCCGCGUUUGGCGGACUUCUCGGAACGCUCUCGUCCGGAUAUCUCAUCCGGGCUUUCGGGUUUACAAUACCCUCUUUUAUUGCCACUAUGUCUCUUUUGUUGUCCACUCUUCUGCUUGCGGUGUUCCUGCCGGAAUCUUUACCAGCCGAAUUUAAACCCAGAUCCCAAAAUAUAAACUGCUUUAAUAAAUUCAAAGGGGUGUGGGCAUUUUAUACCAGUAAUAAAUAUGGAGAAGGCACACAGUGGCGCUACGUGUGUUCUAUUCUGAUUCUGAUUUGUGUCCAGAUAGGGAUGCAUGGACGAUCGAAUGUGGAAACUCUGUACCAGUUAAACGAACCAUUUUGUUGGAAUUCGGUUCUUCUGGGAUGGUUUGCGGGUGUUCGAAUCUUGUCCUCGUACAUCAUCGGUCUAGUCCUCAUCCGGGUUCUUCAGUGUUGUGUUUCGGUGGAGUUCAUCGCCCUAGUGGGAGCCGCUUCUCACAUGGCUUCGUUUGUAUUGGAAUCCUUUGCCGAAAAGAAUUUCGAAUUAUUCCUGGUUCCGGUUGUGGGUUUUGGUUCAGCAAUGGUGGGACCGAUUAUGAAAGGAUUCAUGUCCAAACUGACUCCACCAGACAAACAAGGGACUCUGUUUGCGGGACUUGGUAUGACAGAUUCUGCCUGUACUAUAGUGGGCUCCACUGUUAGCAGCGCCGUCUACAGCGCCACGGUAUCCGACAUGCGUGGCUUCGUCUUCCUAAUGUUUGCUGGGAUUAGCUGUGUUGGACUGAUAUUGCUGAUUGCCCUGUGGAUAGCGGGAAUUGUCGGUAGAUCAACAGCGUUGGGUUAUCAGAGGGUGGAGGAGAUCCGCAUCGAACACAAGGAGGAUUAAGGAUCUGUUCUCAUCCAUACAUAUAGAAAUAUGAGAUCUGAAUUAUUUUGAAUUUGAUCCGACAUUAUGAAUAUCGAAACGGUUUGAUAAAAGUAUGUAAUUCGUACUUGAACCGCACGCGACGUUUUUCCACAUUUUUAAUAAAAUUAUUUUUUUUUAUCUCAAUAUGAAGAGUUCUUGUAUGAUUUCUGAAAGAAAUUGACAUUCUAUAUUAUAGUAAUAUUACCAUACUUUGGAUAUUGGCCUGGAUAGCUCAAUGUUUAGAUCAUCUAACUAGUAUUACAAGGGUCCCAGGUUCCACACCCAAUUGCUCCAAAUAUUUUCCUCGCUUUCUUUGCUAUAGUAAUGUCCAUUUAGAUACAACUUACUGUAAUACAUAGGAGCUGACUUUACAUUUUUACUUGUAAUAACCAGUAACUAUCAAAAUAGGCUUACUCUAAAACAGACAUGGUAAUAUACCCAAUAUAUUUUGUAUAUAUAUCUAAAUGAGAUAGAACGCAAGUGAAUUGUACGUGAAAUAACACGAAAUGUUAUACAGUAUUGACAAACGUCGCUUAACCAGACUGUCUUGUUUCUACCAAAAAUAAAACCAUUGGAAUGUAUUGUCUGCUUUAGAGUUAGCCUAUUUUGAUAGUUCCUGGUUAUGGCAAGUGAAGUUUAAAAAAAAAAAAAAAAAAAGUCAACUCUUACGUAAAUAUAAAUUUUUUUUAGAAUCUUUUAACAUGAAAAUAGUUACAUUUUAAUAAACAAUUAUUGGGGUGCUCUAAAGUAUGUCGUACACAGCAACCUGAUAUUGAAAUGCGAAUUUCUUCAGGAGAAAAUGACAUUUCUUUUAAUCGCGGUGGGAAUCAUUAUAUUUUGCGUAACGUACCGAAGAAGAAAAAAAUUACAUCAAGUCCUAGUAGCGUGAAAUUAAUCAGAACACUCACCGUUGGAUUUGGUAUUGAAUUAUAUACCGGUAUUAUUCUAUAUAUUUUUUAAAUGUAGAUUUGAUGCAUUUACAUAUAUUUUAAUUUUAAGACAAAUAAUGUGUUAAAGGAUUUUUUGAUUUUGUAUUUUUUUAUUUAUUUUGGGCUACUUUGUUAUAAGCAGGUCGUCAUGGAGAUGUAGAUCUAAUGUUGACGAGAAAUAAACGGUUAUGAAAUGUA